AUGAAGUUCGCGAUACUUCUGGCUCUCGUCGGCUGUGCAAUGGCGAUGCGUCAGCAAGCAGUUGCAGUAGCCGGAAGGCUGAUGUGUGGAAACAGACUGCGACCUGAUCCUGAUGACGUUCUAGAUGAGGGAUACACCGAUUCCAAUGGUGAAUUCAAGCUUCAGGGCUCCGAACGUGAACUGACCAACAUCGAUCCUGUUUUCAAAGUUUAUCACGACUGUGAUGACGGCAUUAAGCCCGGUCAGCGAAAAGUAAAGUUUCGCAUUCCUGACUCGUACAUUUCUCCCGGUGGCGUGGCAAGGCGCGUAUUUGACAUCGGUGUGUUGAAUUUGGAGACGAUUUUCCCGAAGGAAGAACGCGAUCUUCUGUAA